GGUUUUUUUGUGAGAAUGGGCAGCUCGAAGGUGAGAGACUACGACAGCAUCACAUCCUUCCUCGGAUCUUGGGGACCUUUUCAAUUAAAGAUUUUUUUAGCACUGGCCAUCAGCAUCCUCCCCAAUGGAAUCUCUGGGAUCUACAUCGUAUUUGUGGGUGCUGUUCCUCCUCAUCGGUGCUUUAUCCCUGACAACAUCAACAUCAAUGAGCUGUGGAGAAAUGUCACCAUCCCUUUGGAGACUGUGAACGGUGUUGAGCAGCACAGCUCAUGCUCCAGGCUGAACCUGGAGAUUGUCGGUCACUACUCUCAAAGCGGUAAAAUCCCAAAUGUAGACGUGAACGUGAGUGAGAUUCCUCUGGAGAGCUGUGUGGACGGAUGGACUUACAGCAAAGACACCUACCAGUCAACCAUCGUCACAGACUGGGACCUGGUGUGUGAUGAGGCUUACAAAGUUCCUCUGGCCACCUCCAUCCAUUACGUGGGAGUCCUAAUCGGAGCGUUCCUCUCCGGUCAGAUGUCUGACAGGUAUGGAAGGAAGCCGGCGCUCUUCCUCAUGAUGGCUCUGCAGCUGUUGCAGUUGACGGCACAAAUAUUCGCCCCAAGCUGGGAGAUCUUCACCUUCAUCUUCUUCUUUGUGGGUGCAGGAGGAUACUCCAACGUCACCAUCGCAUUCGUGCUGGGUUCAGAAAUUUUAAGCGCAACGUCCAGAGUGGUCUUCUGCACCCUUGGGGUUUUCAUGAGCUCUGCUGUGGGCUACAUGAUGUCCCCAGGUAUAGCGUACUACCUGCGGCAUUGGGAGACGCUCACAACGGCCAUGGCUGUCUCAAACGUGAUCUACCUCCCUCUGUGGUGGACCGUCCCAGAGUCUCCUCGCUGGCUCUUCUAUCAGGGCAGAGUGAAGGAGGCUGAAGCCAUCCUGAGGGAAGCCGCCAAGACAAACAAGGUUGAGGCUCCAGAGGACAUUUUUACAGCUGCUGAGAUUGAAGAUGUUCUCGCUUUGAAGGAAAAGAACUACAACAUCACAGUUCUCCUCUACAACUGCUCUGCGUUCUCUCUCACCAUACUGUGCUCCCUCCUGUGGAUCAUCAUCACCAUGAGCUACUUCGCUCUGACCCUCAACACGUCCAACCUGCACGGCGACCCUUAUUUAAACUGCUUCCUGUCCGCUUCUACAGAAGUGCCGGCUUACUUGAUCGCUCUCUUGCUGCUGAAGUUUUGUCCCAGGCGCUUCUGUCAGUCCUCCACACUGAUGCUGGGAGGUGUUAUGAUCCUCUGUGUUAACAUCAUCCCGAUAGGUCUGCCGGCUGUGUCCGUGACUCUGGAGAUGUUCGGGAAGUUCGGCAUGACGUCUGCUUUCUGUAUCGUGUACGCCGUCACAUCGGAGCACUUCCCCACGUUCAUCAGAAACACAGCGAUGGGCUGUUGUUCCAUGGCGGCUCGCAUCGGGAACAUCGUCUCCCCCUUCGUCAUUUAUCUCGGUCAAUAUUACAAAGCCCUGCCGUACAUCCUGAUGGGAGGGUUUGCUGUUAUCGGCGCCUUCUUGUCUCUCCUGCUGCCGGAAACAUUGAAUAAACCUCUGCCAGAGAGCUUGGCACAAAUGCAGCAGAUAUGCGGGAGCAGAGGAAAGAAGGAAAAGGAAGCAGAGAAAGGAGGAAGCUCGGCUGAUCCUCAGAGCAAAGAAACAAAGAUGUAGAUGCUCCCGUCCGUCGUGAAUGAGGUUAAAUAUAAUCUACAUGUGACGUAUUUUAUGAUCCUCUUACAUAUGAAGAUGUUUAGUGUAAAGUUAUUUUGGUCUGUGGUCACAUUUUAUUCCUGUUUGUUUGUAAUGAUGUAAAAACUGUUGUUUGUAUUUGAAAGCACCCGUCAUGGAAUAAUGUAUGUGUGUGUGUUUUUAUCCUCUACUGUUGGUCCUGAUUUGUUUGCAUUUUACAGAAAACAAUACAUUAAAGUUUGCAACAAGAAACUAAAA